CCGUCGUCCUUCAUUAUUCAGUCUCUCUUUCGCUCCAUGGUUGAUGAUUAAUUUCUCUCCGUAUCUUAUCGGCACUCACAACCACCGGAGAAGAUGCUACCCAUCGCAUCAUUCUCCUCUCGUCAAUUGGCUUUAAAUACAUCCAACUCAACGAACCUAUUUUUCUGUUCGCUUCCUUCUCGCACGGCCACCUCCCGCCUUCGGAGAGUCUCUCCUCGGAGUCCUAAUCUCAAGCGAUUAACCUCUCGUGUUGUUAGCCUCACCCGUCGAAAGCAGCUCCACCAGGUAUUUGAGGAAAUUGAGAUUGCCAAGAGACGUUAUGGAAAGCUGAAUACAAUUGUUAUGAAUGCGGUCUUGGAAGCUUGUGUUCACUGUGGUGAUAUUGAUUUAGCUCUGAGGACUUUUAAUGAAAUGUCUAAACCAGAUAAUUGUGGCCUUGACAAUGUCAGUUAUGGCACGCUAUUAAAGGGUUUGGGCGAAGCUCGCAAGAUUGAUGAAGCAUUUCAAUUACUUGAAUCUGUGGAAGAAGGAACUGCCAUCGGAGGUCCAAUAUUGUCAGCACCACUUAUAUAUGGUCUUCUAAAUGCUUUAAUUGAAGCAGGAGACAUGCGCCGUGCCAAUGGUCUAAUAGCACGAUAUGGGUUCUUACUUCGUGAAGGAGGCAAUCUCUCAAUAUCAGUUUACAACUUAUUGAUGAAGGGGUACAUAAGCUCAGGUGUUCCUCAAGCUGCUUUGGCCAUGUACAAUGAGAUGCUAAAUCUGGAGUUGAAACCUGAUAGGCUCACAUAUAAUACAUUAAUAUCUGCUUGUGUGAAGAUCAACAAACUGGACGCGGCAAUGUAUUUUUUCAAGGAAAUGAAGGAACGAGCUGAUAAGUAUGAUCAGGAAGAUAUUUUUCCUGAUGUUGUGACUUAUACUACUUUACUUAAGAGUUUUGGGAUUCUGAAAGAUGUCCGUCUUGUUCACAAAAUUGUGCUGGAAAUGAAGUCUUGUCGUGGUUUGUCAAUUGAUCGAACUGCAUACACUGCAAUGAUUGAUGCUUUGGUUAACUGUGGCUCUAUUAAUGGUGCUCUUUCUUUAUUUGGGGAAUUAUUGAAGCUUUCUGGAUGGAAUUUGGAGUUACGGCCAAAGCCACAUCUUUAUCUCACUCUUAUGAGAGUUUUUUCUAGUAGAGGAGAUUAUAGGAUGGUCAAAUGUUUGCAUAGACGCAUGUGGCUGGACUCCUCUGGAACUAUUUCUCUUGGAUAUCAGGAAGAAGCAGAUCAUCUUCUCAUGGAGGCAGCUUUCAAUGACAAUCAGAUUGAUGUGGCAAUAGAGAAACUUUCAACAAUUAUUAAGAAAUGGAAGGGAAUCUCAUGGGCUAGUCGAGGUGGCAGUGUUGCUCUGCGUAUUGAAGCAUUGUUGGGACUCACCAAAUCUUUCUUUAGUCCUUGCAUAUUUCCUCGGGUAAAUCUGGGUGCACCAAUUGAGAGUGUCAUGAUGCCAUUUAAAGCCGUUCAGCCAUUAAAUGGAAGCUUACUGUUGAAGGAGGUGGUUAUGCGUUUCUUUGACAAAUCAGUUGUGCCUAUCAUAGACGACUGGGGUAUAUGUAUUGGACUACUUCACCGAGAAGACUGUACUGAGUUGGAUGAGCCCCUUUGGAAAAUGAUGAGAAGCCCUCCUCCUGGUGUAACAACUACAGCAUCGAUUGGACAUGUUGCGAAUCUAAUUCUGCAAAAGAGGUACAAAAUGGUCGUUGUUGUAAGACAUAGCAAGUAUAGUACGUAUUAUGGCUCGAGUUUGAGGGCUCUCGGUGUUUUUACUAUCGAGCAAUUGUAUGGCUUUAUUUCUCCCAUUCCAAUUCAGCAUCGGCCAAACAUCCCUUGUAAGACGUAAUAGACAAAAACAAACCUCCAUUUUUUAAAAUAGAAUUAUUAGCUUUACAGCAAAUGUUUUCAUGCA